GCCGCUCCCGUCUCUCGGGCGUGAGGGACGCGGACGAGGCGAGCGAGGAGGCGGCGGCCGGAGCGGCGGGGGCUGCCGCCACCAUGUCGGAUACGCGGCGGCGAGUGAAGGUGUACACCCUGAACGAGGACCGGCAAUGGGACGACCGAGGCACCGGGCACGUCUCCUCCACCUACGUGGAGGAGCUCAAGGGGAUGUCGCUGCUGGUUCGCGCCGAGUCCGACGGAUCACUACUCUUGGAAUCAAAGAUAAAUCCAAACACUGCGUAUCAGAAACAACAGGACACAUUAAUUGUUUGGUCAGAAGCUGAGAACUAUGACCUGGCUCUAAGUUUUCAGGAGAAAGCUGGCUGUGAUGAGAUUUGGGAAAAAAUCUGUCAGGUUCAAGGUAAGGACCCAUCAGUGGAAGUCACACAGGACCUCAUCGAUGAAUCAGAAGAAGAACGCUUUGAGGAAAUGCCUGAAACCAGUCAUCUGAUUGACCUGCCCACAUGUGAACUCAAUAAACUUGAAGAGAUAGCUGACUUAGUUACCUCGGUUCUCUCCUCACCUAUCCGUAGAGAAAAGCUGGCUCUGGCCUUGGAAAAUGAAGGCUAUAUUAAAAAACUACUGCAGCUGUUCCAAGCGUGUGAGAACCUAGAAAACACUGAAGGCUUACACCAUUUGUAUGAAAUUAUUAGAGGAAUCUUAUUCCUAAAUAAGGCAACUCUGUUUGAGGUAAUGUUUUCUGACGAGUGUAUCAUGGAUGUCGUAGGAUGCCUCGAAUAUGACCCUGCCCUGGCUCAGCCAAAAAGGCAUAGAGAAUUCUUGACCAAAACUGCGAAGUUUAAGGAAGUUAUACCAAUAACAGACUCUGAACUAAGACAAAAAAUACAUCAGACUUACAGGGUACAGUACAUUCAGGACAUCAUUUUGCCUACACCAUCCGUUUUUGAAGAGAAUUUUCUUUCUACUCUCACGUCUUUUAUUUUCUUCAACAAAGUUGAGAUAGUCAGCAUGUUGCAGGAAGAUGAGAAGUUUUUGUCUGAAGUUUUUGCACAAUUAACAGAUGAGGCUACAGAUGAUGAUAAACGGCGUGAAUUGGUUAAUUUUUUCAAGGAAUUCUGUGCAUUUUCUCAGACAUUACAACCUCAAAACAGGGAUGCAUUUUUCAAAACUUUGGCAAAAUUGGGGAUUCUUCCAGCUCUUGAAAUUGUAAUGGGCAUGGAUGAUUUGCAAGUCAGAUCCGCUGCCACAGAUAUAUUUUCUUACCUGGUAGAGUUUAGUCCAUCUAUGGUCAGAGAAUUCGUCAUGCAAGAAGCCCAGCAGAGCGAUGACGAUAUCCUUCUCAUUAACGUAAUAAUUGAACAAAUGAUCUGUGACACCGAUCCUGAGCUAGGAGGCGCUGUCCAGCUAAUGGGACUUCUACGAACUCUAAUUGAUCCAGAGAACAUGCUGGCCACAACUAAUAAAACUGAAAAAAGUGAAUUUCUGAAUUUCUUCUACAACCAUUGUAUGCAUGUCCUCACAGCACCACUUUUGGCCAAUACUUCAGAAGACAAAUAUGAAAAGGAUAAUAUAGUUGGAUCUAACAAAAACAACACAGUUUGUCCAGAUAAUUAUCAAACAGCACAGCUGCUUGCCUUAAUUUUAGAGUUACUCACAUUCUGUGUGGAACAUCACACAUACCACAUCAAAAACUACAUCAUGAACAAAGACUUGCUAAGAAGAGUGUUGGUCUUGAUGAAUUCAAAGCAUACCUUCCUGGCUUUGUGUGCCCUUCGCUUUAUGAGGCGGAUAAUUGGCCUUAAAGACGAAUUCUAUAACCGGUACAUCACCAAGGGAAAUCUUUUUGAGCCAGUUGUAAAUGCUCUUCUGGAUAACGGGACUCGGUACAAUCUGUUGAAUUCAGCCGUGGUUGAGUUGUUUGAAUUUAUAAGAGUGGAAGAUAUCAAGUCUCUCACUGCCCAUAUAGUUGAAAACUUUUAUAAGGCACUUGAAUCGAUUGAAUAUGUUCAGACAUUCAAAGGACUGAAGACUAAAUAUGAGCAAGAGAAAGACAGACAAAAUCAGAAACUCAACAGUGUACCAUCUAUAUUGCGUAGUAACAGAUUUCGCAGAGACGCGAAAGCCUUGGAAGAGGACGAAGAAAUGUGGUUUAAUGAAGACGAAGAGGAGGAAGGAAAAGCAGUUGUGGCACCAGUGGAAAAAUCUAAGCCGGAAGAUGAUUUUCCAGACAGUUAUGAAAAAUUUAUGGAGACUAAAAAAGCAAAGGAAAGUGAAGACAAGGAAAACCUCCCCAAAAGGACAUCUUCUGGUGGCUUCAAAUUUACUUUCUCCCACUCCGCCAGUGCUGCUAACGGAACUAACAGUGCAAACAGUAAAUCUGUAGUGGCUCCCACAUCACCAGCAAGUUCAAAUGGAUCGUCUUCCAAAACUACAGGUCUGGCUGCGUCAGUAACAGCCUCCAAGGGAAGUUUGGUUGGCUUAGUGGAUUAUCCAGACGAUGAAGAGGAAGAUGAAGAAGAAGAGACAUCCCCCAGGAAGAGACCUCGUCUUGGCUCAUAAAGUCGUUACUGGGGGACCCUCAACACGUGGUCUUACUGAAAUGCUGCAACUGUUGAGUGAGCUGAAAAUUGGAAUCAGAAGCUUUCUCACCUGAACUUAUAAAUAUACAAGGAGUAGCAACAGACAGUCAGUCUAUCGCUAGGACGGUUUAGUUCUGUAUAAAACCAGGCUUCCCAGGAACUUGAUCGCUUGCUACUAAUUAAGGGGUUUGCCUUUCAGGUUGUCAAAAAAAAAAAAAGGUUAGUAACCAGAACCUGGGAGGUGAUUUCUCAGCAAGGAGAGUCCCAGGUUUGGGGACGGUUUAGGGAAGGGAAGAGGUUGAUAAAACAAUGUUAAUGCGGAUUGCUCCAGGAAGUACCCAAUCUAGAAACAAUUGUAAAAUUUCAGUUGCAGACCCAAUAACAUUACUUGUAUAAUGGUGCUGGCCAUGUUCUUUUAAUCAGUUGCCUCUUUUUAAAAGAAAUUUUUAUGGAAAACACGUUCUAUCUAUCAUAAAAAAAUGAAAUGAAGCUGUUGGGACCAUCACUUUGAAGAUUUCACAGAAAUUCAGCGUGAGAGGUCUUUGGAGGGCAGUACACCCUGUAGUAUGGGGCAUGUUGAGUUUUAUACACCAGAAAUUUUCAGGAGCUGUUUUGAUGAACACAAGCAAGCAUGAUUCAAAAUGGGCAGUGUUAUAUAACACAACUUCAAAAUCAGCACUUUUAGAGAGAACCGAUGCCAAGAAUCAGUACAGUAGGAUCCCAGAGGGAUUUUCCCCUAGAAACCUGGGUAGUGACUAGAGCAGGAUGUUUCCAGCUGCCUACCAGUGACCGUAUUUUGUGGAAGAUACUUUGAAGUCAUUUUCUGCUUCGUUAGUAAAGUCUCUCUCGAGAGCUGCAAGCAAGUUUUAAAGUGUAAUUUAUAAAGACUAACAUACAAAUAGUGCUGGAUUACAUGGCACUUAAUAUCCAAAAGCCAUUUUGGACCAAGAAGAAGUUACCUAAGCGUCCGAGUCAGCAUGCAUCGCGUAAAGAUUUUCCAUAAACAAGCAAGGGUGCAACAUGAGAGCUGCUUUUUUAAAGAGUAAAAGCACAUUCCAUGUACGUAAAUGAAUUUAACAUAAUCGAGGCAAACUGUUAAGAGGUUUUAUUUUUAGAACAGCAAGUUAACUGUAAAUAUUUUAGUGUUACUGUGCUCACGUAUGAUCUGAGAUCAUGCCCAAGUGAGAAAAAACGUCCCCAAAUUACAAUUUAAUGCAUUGGGAAAAAAAAAGCUACAAACAGUAAUUCUAGCUGCAAUCUUUAGGUCACCUUUGUAAUGUGUUAUGGGUCCAUUUUUCCUGGAAUAGCUUAAACUGAAGCAGUUUACCCUGUUUUGGAGAUUUUGUAGUUAAUUUUAAUUUUGGCUAUUGUUUGGAAAAAAUGGGCUGUCUGUGUAGAUAUGAAGUAUAGUUUUUCCAUAAAACAGAUGUUUAUUUUGUAUUAAAAAUACCACUGUACUUGUUUUACACCAUUUGUAUACAUGUGGUGAUAUUAAUGCGGAACUGUAAAAUUCAGGAAUUAAAAUGUGACCCUGUAAUUCCA